AUUCUCGGGCACGAUGACGUCACGCGAGAGCGCCGGCCGAACCCAGCGACAUAUGGCAAUCUUUGUAACGUGACCGAUCGUACGCUCACCAUGAUAGGGAUCGGGUUCGUGUGUGGCAUCUGUACCCGGGGGGGCUGUAUCAAAAGCUGUACCCCUUGCGGUGGGCACGAAUCACGUGCAGACAUGCAUUCGGUGCAGAUGCUUCGAUAAGACGCACGGCACGCAUGGUUUUGGGCGGCUGAUGCGAGCUGAUAACGGCCGCUGCGCACUUUCGAAACUGGUUGAAAUCAUCAUGCGUACGGUUUUACGGCACGGAAAGACUUAUUAGCUAUUAAAAGCGCAGGCAAAUCCGAUGGCAACGGGUGGCGGGUAGAACUUAUCAAACAGGAGAUGCUUGCCAGUUGGUUGGACGCAUGCCAUCGAAGCCAUUUUCGAUAAGGAUUAUCGGACGGGUGGGGGCCAUUAAAGCAGGCAAAGCACGCCAACACAUACCGGAAGAAGCCAAUGAAAUUCAUGCCGUUUUGGAAGUUCAACGUAAACUUCCGCAACAAGUACUGUAUGAUUUCGAAUGGCACGCUGAGGCGCAUUACAUUUUACCAGAUUUAAUGCAACAACAGGUGCUUCACCACCCAUACAACCGAUGCAGAUCUACACACGCGAAGCACGACACACGGCAUGGGAGAUGGAACACUCCUCGCCGACAGCGAUUAGGGCAGGUGUUUCCGCUUCCGACGGUGAUUAGUUUUCAAUUUAAAAACAAACCUUAUAAAAUAUUAACCAUAGUCUUGUAAGACAAACGGGUAACGGUGUGCCAGUAUCAAGGUACCCUAGAUAUUGCAGCAGCAAUAUCUUAUAAAACCGGGGUAAGAUGCCGGCCGGAAAGCCAUUCCGGUACAGGGUAGUGAAUUGCAGCGACCGUCGACAAGAAACGCUUCAAAUGGCCCGUUUGGUACUGCACGAGGUGCGCUACGUGUUGAUGGCGAUGCUUUACAUAUCUCGGGGUAUGGCAAAACAGAUUCAAAAUUCCACAAUUGAUCUGUACGUCUACUGGUUUCUGACGUUCAUCCCAAUCACUUCGCUGUGUGUACCGCAGUUCACAUAUUUAAUUUUAGAUACCAAAAGCUUGAUAGAUUUCAUCACAGUACUGGUGCCCAUUACGGAAAUCCUGCUGACGAAUGGGAAAAUGAUUAUAUGUAACGUAAAGCGGGGGAAAAUUAUCAAUCUCAUCAACCAGGUGCAGUUGGCAUGGGACGAAUGUGCAAAAUCGGAACACCUGGAAAUUCAGACAUUGAUUACUGCCACUGCCAAAAAGACGAAAAUUUUCGUCAUCAUCUACACGACCUCGUUCCUGCUUAUCUGCGUCGAGUAUAGUUCAAUACCGCUGUUCAAGUUGAUCUACCACAGCGCAGUUUACGGUAAUCAAUCCAACUACACCAUCGCUCUACCGUACUUGUCCAGGUUACCUUAUAGUACUGACUCCAGGACCAGCUUUGCGUGGACGUAUUUCUUCAUACUGAUCGGUGUCUACUUGCUGGCGCUGACGCUCAGUGGCUUCGACAGCUUGUUUGCGACGCUCGUCAUGCACAUUAAAAUGAUGUUCAAGGUGUUGAAGUUUGAAAUCGAGCAGCUGGGGCUGGAUCUGAGUGCCGGAAAGAGUCAUGUCGAACUGCAGGCCAAGCUGAAACAAAUCAUUUUGAAGCACAAAACCAAUUUAUCAUUGAUCGAACAAUUGGAGGAUAGUUUCAGCUUCUUUUUGAUGGCGCAGUUUCUAACCAGCUCGAUUUUGGUUUGCGUCGUGCUGUAUGAGCUAACUAUGGUGUUCGGAUGGAAUGAGGAUACGUUCAAAACGGUUACCUACCUGCCAGGCGCCAUCCUGCAGCUCUUUCUGUUUUGCUGGUACGCCCAACAAAUUACCGAGGAGGCGCGAUUGGUGUCGGACCAUAUUUACAACAUUCCUUGGUAUCUGGGCGAGCCCAAGCUGCAGAAAGACAUUCUCACAUUCAUGGUUAAAGCCCAGAAGCCUACCGGUGUGACGGCGUCCAAAUUUUACAUGGUCACGCUGCAAACCUUUCAGCGAAUAAGCAGUACAUCUUAUUCUUACUUUACGUUGCUGCAAACCAUCAAUCAGCAAUAGUUUGUGAUAAUGUGUUGAAACGCACAUAUUGCAUACCCUGUAGGCGCGUCUACAACAAAUAUUACCUGAAUGUAUGCAAUACGCUUUACGUGUACCGUAUUUAAAGCAUUUGAAUCUCGCACGCAGUGCAAAUAAAACACACAAUAAAAAUAGGCUCCUCAAGCGUCAUCGCCCCUCAUUACACUGUUUUACUGUACGGAAAAGGUUGCACUGGCCAUUUUAAAAGCCGUCCACCACGUCAAAUGUACGGCCAUGCGCAGUGCGUGCAU